AUGUCGGAUCAGGUGCCUGUUUCGAAACGGCUUCGGCUUGGGUCCCUUGCGGACGGAUUCCGUAGUGGAAGAACACGCCCGCUCGCUGAUUUGAGUGCGCCUCGUGUAACUGAGCAACAGCAGCCUGCCGCAUCGCAGCGGCAAGCCGUACCAACGGUUCCAGCGGGGCCCGCAGAGGACGGCCGCCAGCAGACGGCGGCUACUGCAGAUACACAGCUGGAGGGGCGUCAUCAGGAUGCAGACCCUUCUGCUGCAGAAGUACGAGAGAGAUGGCGGCGUCAGAAAGCUGUGCAGCGUGCGGCAGCCCUUCCUGAGUUACGGCUGCUGCAGCGGCAGCAGGACGCUGCGCGGCAUGCGGCUGCCCGUGCUGUCCCGGAGGUCAGGGCACAGCAGCAGGUUAGGGCGCAGCGGCAGCAGCGGAACACAGCACAGUAUGCAGCUGCACUCGCUGACCCGGAGGUGAGGGCACGGCGGCAGGUGAGGGCGCAUGAGCAGCAGCAGAAUACGGCACAGCAUGCAACUGCACGUGCUGACCCGGAAGUGAGGGUGCAGCAGCAGCUGCGUGACGCUGCACGGCAUGCAGCUGCACGUGCUGACCCGGAGGUGAGGGCGCUCCAGCAGCAGCGGAAUACGGCCCAGCAUGCGGCUGCGCGGCAGGUGCAGCAGCAGAAUCAGCAAGCCGCCCCUAGGGAUACGCUGUUGGCUCGCAUGCACCGUCUUCUACGAUUCGCAGACCUUCAUCAUGGUGACGUGAUUGAGUUGCCCGAGUUUCUUUUGGCGCUUCCAGAGGGCCGCGUGCAGGACCUUCCUGGCGGUCAGUUACCACCUGACAGGCAGGUACCGUACACCGUGCAGCUGCAGUGUGCAUCGACCAUGGCUGCUGCCUUGCGCCGGCGCAUGCCCUCCCGUGUCUGUGCUGUGUGCUCUGAGGUGUGCUCGGAGGACCAGUCGACGGUGAUGCACUGGACGGAGAUUCCCAACGUUGACAUUUUACGUGCCGACGUCAUGUGUACGGAUGCUGUGCAGCGCUGGGGGCGUACUCUGGUGUGGCGGCGGAUGGCGCGUACAGCUCAGGGAGACGCACCGCCGCCACCUGAUCCAGUCCUACCUGCUCGGUAUCGUGUUAGCCGGGCUGAGCGAGCUGGUGCUGUGGAUGAGGACGGCGGUAGUGCUAGUGGAGCAGGCAGGCUGGUGGAUGAUGCGGCGGACGGAGCACUGGACGUGGAUGCUGGUGCUCAGGAGACUGGCGAUCCGGAUUUGACGACGGCUGGGCAGCAGCCCGAGCCCGAGCCCGAGCCCCAGCAGCUUCCACCGGAUCAACAGCCGCGCCCACCGCGGGUGCUGCCCAGAGCCUGCCCGGACGACCCUGCUAGUGUGGAGGUGCCCUAUUGCAUGCGUCUGGAGCCGGACCUGCCCAACCGCACUAUGCUGGUUGGCGAUGGUGCUGCAGAGCACAUAUUCGUAUGCAACAUCUGCCACAAAGCCCUUAGCGCCCGCCGAGUCCCUGAAGCUGCGCUGGCGCGCCUGGACCCUGGCGAUGUGCCGCGCGUCAACCAUCUGGGUGACCCUCUGCCGUCGCCCACUUUUUUGGAGGGGCAGCUUCUGGGUCGUGGUCGUAUCAUUCAGCAGCUGCUUAUCAUGUACCUCGCAGACCGGCCGCCAGAUGUCUUCCCCCGUGCCGUAAAGACUCACGGCAUUGGGGUCGUCAAUCCCGACCCGAAUCUGCUGCGAGGGCAGCUGCCAGCGCGGGCAUCCGACCUGGCCGGUGCUAUCACGGUCGUGUGUGUCGACCAGGUUCGCAGCCGGGCGGAGCUGCUGGAACGCGUGCGAAAGGCACCAGGUCUACAGGUGCGAGGGCAGGUCAUCGUCGCUUGGGUCCGUUUCUUACAGCACAACGACGAGGAGGAGCUGGCUAUCGAUGAGGACGCUCUGCAAGAGUACGAACGGAUGGGCUGUGUGCGGCAGUUCCAAGACGUAGUGGAAGCGGCUGUUCGUGAUGGCAAUCUUGCCGAUGCAGCUGCGGCACCUGACGCGGAUACUGCAGGACCCGUGCAACCUACGCUGGCGGAUCCGACCCCGACUGCAGGACAGGACCCUGUGCCGGGGCCAUUCACCGCCAUUCUACGAGGACCUGCUGAUCAGCCAGUUGAAGGUCCACCAGUUGAUCCGGCAGCUGCCACUCUGGACGAACUGGAGCUGAUCCUGCCGCAGCCGUCGAAUGUUGGUGAUGAUGGCAGUGAAAUCGACCGCUUCCCAGGCCGAGUGGAGGACCUUCUGACUGGCCGCGCACGGAUUGCGUUUGCGGCUGGUGGUCGUGACAGCCACGUGCUGGAUGACCGUCAUCCCGCCAUCCUCACCCUUUGCUUCCCCCAGUCCUUCCCAUACGGCUUUUCUGGUCAGCGCCCCCGCGGCAUGUCUUUUCCGGCAUAUUGUCGCCACCUACUGCACCGCGUGCCGCGGACGCAAUUCGGCGGCAACCUCAUGCUGCUGGCACGCAUGUACGACAUCUGCGUGCGCCACGAAAGCAUGGCGCAGCGGCGGCAGCUGCUUACACAGCAAUCACCGCUGGUUAAGGCGCUGGUGGAGGGGGCCCGCCUCAGUACUUUGCGCCUCGACCUUACGGACGCAUAUUACAACGGCGCCCGCUCCAAAAUGCGUGAAGCCGCCCUCACCAUUGGCUGGCCUCCGCUGUUCUUCACCGUUAAUCCGGCAGAUAUGCAUGCAGCUUGUGCAGUCGUGGCAUCCGGACAGGUGUUGGACUUCGACGAUGACGGACGACCGCAGCAUAUCCCGAGCACGGUGGAAAAGUGGCGGCGUGUGAAGGAUGACCCGUACAGUUGCGCCGCUCUGCUGGUGGCCACCAAGGAGGUUCUGGUGGAAGAGCUCUUUGGGUUUGCGCCAGGCGCCAUGCAGCAGACCAACCCGCACUGCUUCUGCGGGCUCACGUUUGAGGUGGCGGUCAAGGUGGAACAGAGCGGCCGCCUUGCCCUGCACAUCCACGGUGUCGCACAUGUGGCCGCAUUUGCAGUCGAGCGUCUUCAGGCACUGUUCAACGGACCCAACUGCCGAGCGCUGGCCCUUGCAUACGCACUGUGCGCCAUGUGGUAUCCCUCGCCGUACUAUGACCCUUUCGUCCACGGAACAGAACACUGCGUCAUGGACAUGACCGUCGAAGAGGCCCGGCAGCAUGGCCGUGCACCUCCGCCCAUCGACAAGUCCUGCCCGCCUGCAGCAUACGAUUUUGGCAGGCUCGCUGGGUGUGCAGCCGUUGUUCGCAGCACUCUUACUCAUACACAUAACGACACGUGCAAGCGACAUGGCUGCCGUGGCACAGAUGAUAGCUGUGGCAUGGUGUUCCCUCGUGUCCUGCGCAGCGCCUUCCAGUGGAUUGGCACCGGCGGCCUCUUCCUUCUGCCGCGAUUGGGCCCGAACAUUAUACCGCACAUGCCAGCUGCAGCGCUGGCAUUUGGGUGCAAUCAGCUGUUUACUCUGGCGUGCGAGGUGGAUCGCGUCUACACGGCAGAGGCAGCAGCGCAACUGGCCCGCCCUGAAGAUGAACGGGGGGACUGUGCACUGCUGCAACCUGCCGCUGACCGCGCCCGCGACUCUGCCUACUACAGCACGAAGUACACUGGCAAGAGCAUCAACGACAGCCAGGCGCAGCUGACAUGCAACGCUCUUACCCGAGUGCAGGACUUCCUGCUCGCUGGAAGGACGCCAACUCCGGGUGCUAGUGGGCCCACUGCCUUUGGCAACAUGUGUGCCACUGUGCAUCGCAUGACCGCUGCCAUUACGGCUGGUAUGGCGCUUGUCGCCAUGAAGCUGGACGGUCAUUCCACCUUCGAGGCGACGUUCGAAAGCGCAUACCUGCAGGUAGACGCGUUCACAGCGCUAUCUGCGGGCGCCGAGCAAUCUCCUGAGGCGGCGACUACAGCAGCAGUACUGGUGGAGGCUGAGGAGCAGGAGGGCUACACGGUGACCAACGCCGUGCAGAGCUAUGUGCUGCGGGGGGAAGAACUCAGCGGCCUGGACUGCAGCGUGUACAAUAUCGUCUCCAGCUAUGAGGUUCGACGUGUGCCGCCAGCUCAGCACCCGCACCGAGAGCGAUUGGGUCUACAGGUCCCGGUGGCAGUUCGACGCCGCAAGCGCACUACCCCUGCUGCACCCAUAACCGCCCCCGUGCCUGCCCCUGUGCCUCUGCUGACUGCAGCCCCGGCCCCUCCUCCUGAGCCACCUGCUCCUACAGCUGCAGCGACACUCGACCAUCCAACGUCUCAGACAGCCACGGAGCUGCCCCGCCUGGUGGCCUUCCACGGCACGCAUCCGCUGUACAGAACACAUGUCCACAUCCGCCUACCGCGGCCGCGAUAUGUACAACUUGGAGGCUCUCUUCCCCGCCGGCCCCGCCCUGGCACCUCUGCUGCGAGCAUGGCGCAGUACUACGCGUUUGUCCUGGGUACUUUCAAAGCUCACCGGGGUCAGCCCAUCCCCCCCGGGCUGACUGUAAAGGAAGCCUACGACACCUGGUGGGCAGAGCUGGCCACUACCGAGGCAGGUCGCUCAUACCAAGCGUACGUAACGGUGCUGCUGGACAACAUCGAAGAGGACCACACAGGGAAAGCCCGCCGUCAGGCGGAGUACAACCAGCGGCGCCGCCAGCAGCGUGCGGCGGCGGCAGCAGCCGCGCUGCCUGAAGGUGACAGCACGAGCACUUCGGAUGGAGACACCGACGACGCCAUCCGCGGGCAUCUCAGACCUGAUCCUGAAACACAGCCACCCGCCGAGGGUCAGCUGGAGCACUUCGUGUACAUCCCGGGUCAGGAGGAUCCGACGGCUGGCACCGACCUCGCCGCCGUCGCUCUUACGGAUCUGUUUGACUGCACCAACGCUGCUGGCGCGUAUGCCUAUGAUGCGGCACGGCGCUGCCGAGCCCCGGCCUUAGUGGACGGCCAUGGUGCACGCAGCGAUCGUUUUAGCCGUCGGAUCACACCAGCGGACCUGCCCCUCCUGACCGAAGCGAGCAAGCGUCUGAAGCGGUAUCUCGUUGCAGCAGCAGCCGGCACUGUUGAGGCAGAUGGGGGCGCCCACACGGGACUGACGGCCCCACCUGAGAUGGACACCCCUCAUAUUGAGCUGCACCGCCCCACCAGCGGACCCCUGGUUGCCAUUGUGCGCAUGCCUGGCACUCCUGAGCGGACUGAGCAGGCUCGCAUGCCCAUCUAUGUGCACCUCCCCCAGCCGCCCAGCAUCGACGACACCAUCGAGCUUUUCACGCUCGCCCCCCACCAAGCCGUGCCCUUCAUGCUCAUGGCUCAGUACUUCGAUCGCCGUGAUGAGCCCAACCCUGGCGACCCGCCGCAGAUGCUUGUGGAGGGCAAGCCCGGUACCGGAAAGACCCAGUUUGUACAAGCGCUCCUCUGGUACACUUUCCAGCAUGGCUGCCCGCACUGGGCGGCCACCUGUGCCUACUCAUGGGCUGCUGCAGUUGCAUUCAACACGCCGGUGCAUCGCAGCCUCUCUACCCACGCAAUGUUCGCCCUAUCUGCUGGCAGCAACCGAGCGGAAAGCGUCAGAAAAGGCAGCGCAGCCAGCCUACAGGUGCAUCGCAAUGUCGGCGAUGGUGCGCUCAUCAUUGACGAGAUCGGUAUGAACAGCCUGGACCAUCUGGGCGCAUGCAACCAGUCUUGCACUCGUCACCUGUUGCCGCCGUCGCAUCUCGCUCGUGACCACCCUGCAGCCACCAUCUUCAGCGGCCGCCCCAGCGCCAACACAGGCGACGAGUUCCAACACCCGAAGCCAGGUGGGCCGCCCCUCUACCGGUACGCCGCUGAUGUAGAAUGCAACCCCCAGUUCUCGCCCUCCGUCCCGGCCGCACAGCCUCUGCACGGAGAGGAGGACAACGAUGGCGACCCUAACGAGGCCGCUGCUGGAUCCCAAGGCGGUCAGCAGCAACCCGAAGUAGCAGCACGCCGGCCCCGGGCCGUCCCACAGGCUCAGAGCUGCAUACUCGAGGGCUUCCGGGUUUACCGAUCCCUGGCUAAGACCGUCUUCUUGCUGGAGAAGCAGCAGCGCCAGGACAGCAGUCCCUCUGGUCGUCGCCUGACAGAGUACGCCUCUAUGUUCGGCGGUGAGCCAGCCACAGAGCAGCGCAUAGCCGAAAUGGUUGACGACCUCAACAGCCGCGCCGUCGUCGACUUAGCCGACCUAGCGCACCUCGAGCCGCGCGUCGUGCUGCAGAGGAACGAACCACGCCACACGCUCAACACCCGCCUCAUAAUGCUGGAAGCACAGCGCAAGAACCAGCGCCUCGUGGUGUGGAAUGCGGACCACGUCCCUGUCCAGAAGCGCGGCGCCGCUGUAGAGCCAGCCCUGACACACGUGGAGAAAGCAGUUGCGAUGCGAAUAAAGGAUUACGACUUUGGCCACACCACCGCCGACACGUGGUACUACCAUGGCGCCCGAUACAUCCUCCUUGAUACGACGGCUGCCGAUGCCGGGGCGAGUCACAACAACGAGGUGGAAGCCUGCGGCCUGCUUGAGGAUGGCCGCGAGCCAGCAGAUGACGGCCACGGCCCCUACCGCCGGCUCAAGUACCUUCCAGCGGCCGUCAUUGUGCGGCCUAUAAACGGCCAUAUCCCCGACACCGUGCUGCGGGGCCUUGCAGACUACGCCAGCAGGGGUGGCGCCUUCAUCCUGUCACCCCGGGCGUCUUGCAUUGCCGAGGUGGAGAUGCCCGCCCCCGGGUGUGGCACCCUCACAAAGCAGGUCCGGCGCCUCAACGUACCGCUCGGCGACCGCCAGGCGGUCACCGAUUACUUCGUACAAGGCCGCAGCUUCAAAGAUGAAUGCUGGCUGGUGGAUCUUGCUGUCCCACCCAACGGCAUCAAGCGUGCCACCCUGUAUGUGCUGCUGACCCGCUUUAAGACGUUGGACCACGUCCGUCUGCUACGUCCACUUUAUACCACGCCACACGAGCGCAAGAAGGUCAUCAAACAAUUCCUCAGCGCAACCAAGCUCGAGCCGGAUCUGGCCGCCAACCUGCGCCUGCUGAAGCAGGCAGCACGCGAAACGGAGCAGCGCCUCUGCACGGAGAGGAGGACAACGAUGGCGACCCUAACGAGGCCGCUGCUGGAUCCCAAGGCGGCUCAGAGCUGCAUACUCGAGGGCUUCCGGGUUUACCGAUCCCUGGCUAAGACCGUCUUCUUGCUGGAGAAGCAGCAGCGCCAGGACAGCAGUCCCUCUGGUCGUCGCCUGACAGAGUACGCCUCUAUGUUCGGCGGUGAGCCAGCCACAGAGCAGCGCAUAGCCGAAAUGGUUGACGACCUCAACAGCCGCGCCGUCGUCGACUUAGCCGACCUAGCGCACCUCGAGCCGCGCGUCGUGCUGCAGAGGAACGAACCACGCCACACGCUCAACACCCGCCUCAUAAUGCUGGAAGCACAGCGCAAGAACCAGCGCCUCGUGGUGUGGAAUGCGGACCACGUCCCUGUCCAGAAGCGCGGCGCCGCUGUAGAGCCAGCCCUGACACACGUGGAGAAAGCAGUUGCGAUGCGAAUAAAGGAUUACGACUUUGGCCACACCACCGCCGACACGUGGUACUACCAUGGCGCCCGAUACAUCCUCCUUGAUACGACGGCUGCCGAUGCCGGGGCGAGUCACAACAACGAGGUGGAAGCCUGCGGCCUGCUUGAGGAUGGCCGCGAGCCAGCAGAUGACGGCCACGGCCCCUACCGCCGGCUCAAGUACCUUCCAGCGGCCGUCAUUGUGCGGCCUAUAAACGGCCAUAUCCCCGACACCGUGCUGCGGGGCCUUGCAGACUACGCCAGCAGGGGUGGCGCCUUCAUCCUGUCACCCCGGGCGUCUUGCAUUGCCGAGGUGGAGAUGCCCGCCCCCGGGUGUGGCACCCUCACAAAGCAGGUCCGGCGCCUCAACGUACCGCUCGGCGACCGCCAGGCGGUCACCGAUUACUUCGUACAAGGCCGCAGCUUCAAAGAUGAAUGCUGGCUGGUGGAUCUUGCUGUCCCACCCAACGGCAUCAAGCGUGCCACCCUGUAUGUGCUGCUGACCCGCUUUAAGACGUUGGACCACGUCCGUCUGCUACGUCCACUUUAUACCACGCCACACGAGCGCAAGAAGGUCAUCAAACAAUUCCUCGGCGCAACCAAGCUCGAGCCGGAUCUGGCCGCCAACCUGCGCCUGCUGAAGCAGGCAGCACGCGAAACGGAGCAGCGGUACACCACCGAGUUCCAGCAUGCACGCCAGUUGGAAACCCGCUGGACCCGCUAG